AUGGAGGCGAGGCCAAUUUUAAAUGCUGAUGUUCUCGAAAUUAUCUUCAAACAAUUGAGUAUCCGUGAUUUACUUUCAGCACUUCUAGUCAAUAGAUUAUGGUGUCGAGAAGCUGUACCAAUAUAUUGGAAAGCUCCAUUCAGUUAUACAGAGAAAAGAAGUAUGGUUGCGUCAAAGACUUACGAAUUGUUCCUUAAACAAGGAAAUCGUACCGUUUCAACGCUUUACGAUUAUCCAUUGUUUCUUAAAGAACUUAAUUUUACAAACCUGCUGGCGACUUUCGGCAAAUACGAAAGCUUUAUAAAAAUCGCUGCCAUACUCCAAAUGCUAACAAAUCGUGGUGUUCGUCUAGAAUCCUUGAUCAUGGAUAACACUGGUGCUAACAACGACAAACUGUAUGGAAGUUGGACAGCGCCGGAAUACGCUUCCAUAUUGAGUUCUCUCGUCUUUGUCAAAAUACAUACCCCUUUUCAAAAAAAUAAAGUAGUUAAAUCAUUAGCAAAAAAUUGCACCACACUAUCCCAUCUCGACAUCAACCUUCAUGACAACGACAUCAGUCGUGUUGGAGAAUCGCUAUCUUCUCUGCAAGAACUGAUUUCUGUUCAGACCUGUCCGUUGAACCUUCGGCUGGUGUUUGCAAACGGGCCGGGUAAAAGACUAGUCGAAAUACUUCGAUUGCAUCUUGAUCGUUUCAAACAUCUUGAACUUGUAAAAUGGAACUUUGAUGGUUGUGGAUGGACAUGGCUGUCACGCUGUCCGAAUUUGACCGAAUUCGCAAUCACGAACGCUCCUCCAAAGGGAGUUUGUGACGUUUUAGGCACCAAUUUCAAAAUACAUCGUUUGAAAGUGUCGAAAAAUUCCAAGAUAGUAACUGCGCAUUGGCAUUUUGGCGUAGAUGAUGAAACCUUUUACUUUCAUCCGGAUGAAUCAUCGUUAGAACCAUACGGUGAGAAACCUACGGUGGUAGUUCAACCAAAAGUGUCUCGCAGGACUAACGAUCCUCAGAAACUCAAAUACAUUC